AGCGUUACCAAGUGAUCAUCUCGUUUCAGCAUCGUUCGUGUCUAAAGUUAUUCAAACAAUUUAACGGACAUUUCAGCGUGGCACAAUGCUCCAUGUUCAUACAUUUGUUUCAUCAACGAUGAACGAUGACAUUUGUUCUCUGAAAAAAGUGAAAAGGGGAAACCACUUUACAUCGAUUUUUUUGCCACGAUGUUGCGGAAAGACCCGGUGUUACGUAAACAGCACGGUAUUGCGAAAUGACGAUGUGAUUGACACCAUUGUCGGGCUGGCUGGCGCUGUCGGUGAGGCAGAACAGUGUCAUGGCGCGUCAACGAUGACAGAGAGUGUGCUGCUCACCGACGAAUCCAGCACGAAAGCCAGUAUGUGGGGCGUAUUUCGCUGUAACAGGGCUUUCCUCGUACUGUUCCUGAUUAAUGUGAUCGCAUUCCAAAGUAUCGUAUAUUACCAGGAGCACACCAAAUGGCAGGAAUUACGGUCGAAGCUGGAGCCGGUGAUAACGGAUCUGCGCGACGUGCAGGGUCUGACGCACAGCGUGGUGAAGAGACUGGAGUCGCACGGGCUCUUCCUCGAGAACCUCCACGGGGGCGCCGCUAAUCGUACCGUCAUCUACGCGAUCACGCCGACGUUCUCCAGGCCGGUGCAGAAGGCCGAGCUCACCCGGCUGGCGCAGACGUUUCUCCACGUGCGCAACUUCCACUGGAUCCUCGUGGAGGACGCACCGUCCAAGACCGGGCUGGUCAGCAGCUUCCUGGAGACCAGCGGCCUGAUCUACACGCACCUGUCCGCGGCGACCCCGCCCAACUACAAGCUCGGUAGGAACGACCCGAACUGGAAGAAGCCGCGCGGGGUGGAGCAGCGAAACGCGGCGCUCAGGUGGCUCAGAGAGAACCUCAAGCCGUCCAACAGGGGCGUCGUGUUCUUCGCCGACGACGACAAUACUUACGCCAUUAAGCUGUUCCGCGAGAUGGAGAAAAUACAAAGAGUCGGUGUGUGGCCGGUCGGCUUAGUCGGCGGCUUGACGGUGGAGAGGCCUAUCUGCAUUUGUGAUAACGCUACUAGUAAGGUGAUCGGUUUCAACGCGGCGUGGAAGCCGGACCGUCCAUUCCCGCUCGACAUGGCCGGCUUCGCCAUCAAUCUCGAGCUGCUGCUCAAACAUCAAGAAGCCUGGUUCUCGUACGACGUGGAAGGCGGCUAUCAGGAGAGCGAGAUACUCCGGCAGAUAGUGACGAGGGAUCAGCUGGAGCCGCUGGCGGACUGCUGCAUGAAGGUGUACGUGUGGCACACGCGAACGGAAGCUCCGCAACUGAACGUCGAGCAGAUGCUGAUCAGGAAAGGCAAACGUUCCAACGUCGGUAUCGAAGUGUGAGGGAAAGAUGUUCAUCGUCAAUUCGCGGAGCCUCGCAAAAGCUCCGCCGAUUCCGUGGAACUCAGUGAUAUUUAAUAGAUAAAUUUUACUUUAAGCUCGUUAACAUCGAUCGAUGCAAGUGUGUGCAGACAAAGGAUUAGUAGACCCGUAGAUUUUUCAUUUCGUCGUUACAGUCUUACGGUAGAACACAGUACAGUGCCAUGUACUGUAUAGCUUGUAGUCGCAGACUUAGUAACGAAGGCAGAGGCGAAAUAUUAAUCGAACGUCUCUGGCGUGUUUCGUGCAAAUGACGCUUCGAAGAAUUCGAAGGACUCUCUCAUGUGAUAUCUCGCGCGUUUGAAACUUUUGUCAGCAGUCAGCCCGACUAAUGUACGCGCCCUAAUAUUAAUGUUUUUGUACGGAAGGAGUCCACAAAGUGUUCUGUAAAUCGACGCGAAUAAGACUUCUUAUAUAUCACGCUCAUCAUAUCGUAUUCCCAUUUUUGUAAAAGUGCAAUGUAAUAAAACUUAAGCGAGGAAAAAUGAA